UUUAUAAUUGACGGAAAAUGUUGAAGCAAAUGAGCACGUCUACGUUCUUCUGCGCGAAACGCGCAUAUUCGAACGCUGUUGGAAAAAUAAAUGCACGCAAGUAUGUGCUAACAAAAUAUUUCCAAGGGGAGCCAAAAAAGAGCGACUUUAAAAUUGUUGAAGAAGAACUUCCAGAAAUAAAAGAUGGAGAAAUAUUAACGGAAGCAGAAUAUUUAAGUGUUGAUCCUUACAUGCGCGCUUAUAUGAUCGGAUACAAAUUGCCCACUGACAUGAUAGGUGGCCAAGUCGCUAAAAUAAUUGCGAGUCGUAAUGAUCAGUACCCAGUGGGCAAAUACGUGGCUGGUUCAUUUGGAUGGCGCACACAUACCAUUUGCAACCCUAAAUCAUCACCCUACUUAGGAUUUAUGCCUAUCACACUUUUGCCUGAUAUGAGCCCACAUCCAAUUUCGCUUGGCUUAGGAGUAAUUGGAAUGCCAGGUAAUACAGCGUAUUUCGGAGUUAAAGAAAUAUUAUACCCAAAAGCAGGUGAGACCAUUGCCAUUACUGGAGCAGCUGGUGCAGUUGGUUCCCAUGUUGGACAAAUAGGAAAAAUAUUAGGCUGUCGCGUGAUUGGAUUUGCUGGUACAGAUGAAAAAUGCGAAUAUUUACAGGAGUUGGGUUUUGAUCACGCGUUCAAUUACAAAACUGCUAAUAUCAAAACUGCUUUGAGAGAAGGAGCACCAAAUCGCAUAGACUGCUACUUCGAUAAUGUUGGCGGUGAAAUUAGCUCGACAAUUAUGGGUCAUAUGAACAAAUACGGACGCGUGGCAGUUUGUGGUUCUAUAUCAUCGUAUAAUGAUACGGCUUUACCAAAAGUGACUAUACUACAACCAUCAAUCGUGUUUAAAGAACUUAAAGUAGAGGGUUUUUUAGUAAACCGUUGGCUUGAUCGAUGGGACGAAGGAAUCAAAGUUAAUAUGAACUGGCUGCAGGAGGGAAAAAUUAAAUAUCAAGAGAAAGUUUACAAUGGUUUUGAUAACAUGGUUGAAGCGCUGGUUGGAAUAUUGAGAGGAGAAAAUACUGGAAAAGCUGUUGUUAAAGUGAAGUAAUCAAUAUUUUGUUUUAAUAAAAUUU